AAACAAAUGUCUUUGACGCAGGUUGAAAUAGAGUGCGUCGUCGUCGAAGGAUGGCGAUGUGAUGCAGCUAUACAUGUCUUUGGAAGUACAUGUACAUGUAUAUUGAUUGUAUGGGAAGCUAGACAUCACAUGGCGGGAACGUCGCAACUGGAUUUGUUUUGUUUCAUAUUUCUGCACGAGUAUUGAUCUCUGUAAAGCUGCCAAGCAUUGUACCAAUAGACAUUACCAGAAUUUGGCUGUGUGCCCUCUUCUAUUGUUGAUGUUUUGGAAGUGUAACCAGAGGUCUUGUUAUGUUCUAUCUAGGCAGCCAAUCAGCUUGAGGAAUAUCGGCACACCUCCCAUUGAGUUUCAAGAUCUUUACCAUCGUCAUGAUCAUGAACAUUAUAUGAAACAAGAAGAGAGGAGAGUAAGGACGACUUUACCGGUUUUCUUCAUCCACAGUUUACAUUUCAUUGAGAUUAAGAUAUUUAAUUAUCACUGAUUGAGCUGUCAUCACACUGUGCUCUGAUGGUUUAAGAAAAGCCAGCAUUGGUGAUCAGAAUUCAAGUCGGGAACACUUGAGAGAUUUUUUCAUGAUUUUGUACUUGAAUCGUUUGUGGAAACGAGAAGAUUUUGAUUGUUUUGUUUAGAGGAUUUGAAACGCUUGUUGGGGCUGCGGACAGAGAUGUUGAAGUUAAAUUGUGAUUCUGAAAAGGGUGAAGUUACGCUGCCUCUGAACGGAGUGCUUUCCAAUGGGAACGUCCCUUCAGAUGAUACCUCCCAUCUUGCGAAUGUCUCCAAGACGUCCAAGAGUUCCAAGAAGGAAGAUGAGAAUCUGGAACGUGGUAACUGGUCCAACCAUCUGGACUUCAUCCUGUCCUGCGUGUCCUACGCCGUGGGUCUCGGAAACGUCUGGAGAUUCCCCUACCUCUGCUACUCCAAUGGCGGAGGUGCUUUCCUGAUUCCAUACAUUGUGAUGCUUCUGUUUGCUGGUCUGCCUCUUUUCUUCCUGGAGCUGUGUUUUGGUCAGUACAGCAGCAGUGGGCCCAUCAGCGCAUGGAGAUCUGCCCCACUGAUGAAAGGUGUUGGGUAUGGCAUGGUGGCCGUGUCAGCCUGGGUGGCCAUCUACUACAACGUCAUCAUCACCUACACCAUCUUCUACAUGUUCAAGUCCAUGACGUCCUCGCUGCCGUGGAUCGGGUGCCACCACGAGUGGAACACGCCCUUCUGCAGCGAGCUCGUGGAGGAGUGCAUGGAGAACGGCGGCAUCAUGACAGAUAACAACACCUGCAUCAACGUCUCCAACAUGACCAUGGAUGAGAGGAGCCAGUACAACGUGUCCUUCGACGGCAACGUCACCUUGUCCUUCGAGGACCCCCUCCAGGAGUUCAGGAGACGCCCAAGCGAGGAGUAUUACAGGCAUGGCGUUUUGCACGACUCUGGUGAUAUGGGAUCAUUUGGUUACAUCAUCUGGCAGUUGGCCCUCUGUCUUCUCCUCGCCUGGACUCUUGAGUUUAUUUUUCUCGCCAAGGGCGUCAAGUCCUCUGGAAAGGUUGUUUACUUCACCGCCAUCUUCCCCUACAUCGUCCUUGUAAUUCUCCUGGUUCGAGGAAUGACUCUACCCGGUCACAUGGACGGAAUUCUCUUUUUUAUCAAGCCGCGAUGGGAGCUGCUCAAAAACCCCAAGGUGUGGAAGGAUGCUGCUGUACAGAUCUUUUUCUCACUCAGCGCAUCAUGGGGAGGUCUUAUCACGCUUUCAUCCUACAACCGCUUUAAAAAUAACUGCAUGAGGGAUGCCCUCAUUGUACCUUUACUAAACUGCGCCACCAGCAUAUUCGCAGGUUUCGUAAUCUUCUCAAUCAUGGGAUACAUGGCUCACGAACUUAAAAAACCAGUUUCAGAGGUGGUCGACGAACAGUUUGGUCUCGCUUUCAUCGCUUAUCCAGAAGCCGUUGCUAGGUUACCAAUUUCGCCGCUUUGGGCUUUCCUCUUUUUCUUUAUGCUUAUCACCCUUGGUUUAGGAUCACAGCUCUGUAUAGUUGAAACAGUAGUCACGUCAAUUGCUGAUGAAUUUAAUCUGAGGAAAAAGAAAAUCUUCGUUUUGGGAGGAUACUGCAUUAUUGCAUUUUUCCUUGGUUUAAUAUGCGUAACACAGGCUGGUAAUUACUGGGUUAUUCUUAUGGACAAGUAUGCCGCCGACUUUGCGCUCUUAAUCUUCGGAAUGUCGGAGUGCAUCGGUCUUGGCUGGGUGUACGGUGUCAAGAACUUCACCAAUGACAUCAGGUCCAUGCUGGGCGACAGGAUCGUCGACAACGUCUUCUUCAAUUGGUGGAAGCUCAACUGGUGUUUCCUUACACCUGCUGUGCUAUCAUUUGUGAUGUUGUUCAGCUGGAUCUCCUGGGAACCCCCUAUGGCUACCGAGACCUACCCCUUCCCUGACUGGGCACACGCACUCGGCUGGCUUUUAAUUCUCUCUGUCAUCAUGUGGAUCCCUUUGUACUGGAUUUAUGCCUUCAUCAAGGCCAAGGGUGAUACCUUCAGGGAGCGACUAAGAGCCAUGGCUACCCCAACAGACUCCUGGGGUCCUAUGGUGAUGUCCAACCGCCAACAUGCCUGGGAUGUCCACACGAGAAACGGAACCAGCAUGGGAGGUCAACUACAUCUUGACGAUGUCAAGUCAUCGCCAGGCCCAUCUGCCGUCUACGUCCCCACCGCCACAACGGAUUCCGUUUAGUUGCAAUAAAGUACUGACACUCAAAGACAGACUGGAAACUCUCUAAUACAGGAGCGAGAGUCCUUGACCUUUUAAAAAUCUUUGCAAUUGAAAUAGUGGAAUGGGAAUUUGGACUCUGCUAACUGUUCAAAUCGUACGCGAUGGUGUGCUGCUCCUUUCGGUGGAAGACUGCCGCCGGAUCGAUGGGUUUCCAUGCUUGGUAUGCAGCUCCCACGAGGAUGAGCACACAAGAAGGCUCAUCGCUCUACCUAUCAAGCCAAGUUUUGUUGAGAAGCCAUGUGCAAUGGUUCAGCAAUUGAGGAGAAACGGUGAAUACGAUUGUUGGGAGAUACCGACGGAAAAGGAAGCAGUCUGGGAAGCCACGUUACACCUCUGGUGAUGCAGGCUUCCCCAUGCUUUCGGCCGAACUACGGGGCCGUUACAUAAAAGAUGGAGAAACAGCUCCUCGGCCAGUAUUCAAUACAGGGUUUUGCUACCUCUUUGUGUUUUCUCAUCAGCGUGUCAUACAUAUUUGGUCAUUCAGUGUACCAAGUUUGUUUUAAAAGAGAACUCAUUCAUCCUUUACCCUACAUUUUGCAAUUAACCAAGACUAGACACACACCGUAGUAAUGUCCAGCAGGUCUGAUAAAGUUCAACUCAUAAUCGGUAGCAGGAGAGAAGAAACUUUGACAUUUUUUUUUUUUUGGAGCAGGGUAAUUGUUAAUGUAUUUAUUUUUCCAAUUUUUAAGUUCAUUUUUGUGUGAGAACAUAUUUGCCCUGAAAUGUAUAUCCUGUAUUUGUAAAUAAACUCUUAUUAUCAAGACAAUUUACCCUCCUCGACACCUUCAAAGAUAUAUCCUUAUAAGUGCCUCUUUUAUGUGGUAGCAGUUAGAUUUUCUAUCAUUAUUCUUUGCUUUAUUAGUUGUCUUUAAUGAAGGGAAAAAAUGAUCCAUAUUGAAAAAAAGAAAAGUGAAUCCAUUUAGGUACCAAUGUUUUCGUUAAACCGUUUAAAGAGUUGAAUGCAGGUUUAUUGAAUUGUUCCUUUGCAUGUUGCUAGGUGGUGGAGGCAAAUGCUUAUUUAUUGGGGGAAAAAAUUAUGGAAUUGAAAAAUUAUAGAGAGAUUUAUAUAUAUUACAGACAUAGAAAGAUGAUAAAAAUAUCCCUCCAUACAUUCCAAAAAUGUAGUAUUGCCGCUUUUUCUGGUUUUUAGCAGCCAAGGUAUGACUUUGAAAUUAGUGUUGAAGGAAAUUAUUAGCCUUGAGCUUUGAGAAAUAAAAAUAGAUGAAAAAUUAAAUGUCCAUAUUGAACAAAAAAAAAUUGCACCUGUAGGAUGACAAAGUGUGUGCCUGUUUGUAUAUAGAGUGUAUUAUAGUGUGAAUAGUUGUAUAUAGAAAUGUGGCAAAUUUUGCUGCCGUCGACGACAAAUCAUAUGCUCAGGUUCAUUAUUGAAAAAUAUGAAACGCGAACUUCUUCGUUACGACUGUCCUUGUCCAAGAGCAUCGAGUAUUCAAGGCACUUCCCAUCAUUUAGCAGAACGAAUAGCAAGCCUGAUGGCCUACGGCUGUCUCGUUUUCUUUUACAUUUGCAAUCAAAAUGGUGAAGAAUUUUGACAGUUCAUCAGACUGUCCCUACUGAUGUCCAGUCAUAAAGCAGUUCCUUUUUGUAACAUACAUGAUAUACAUAUUAAAAUUAAGAUUAUUUUUGAGAAGUGGAAAAUAUUUACACAGCAAACACUAGGGUUUAUACCAUCUUGAAGUGAUCACUGAUAUGUGUUUUUUCUUAAAGUACAUGUUUAGUAGCUGUUUGCAUUGAUGGUGAUUUAAGAAAAAAACGAUGCAAAUUAACGAGUCAGUUAUUACAAGUGUCAAAGCUUAGUCAUGUAUGUAGAUGAACACAUUUUGGUGUGGAAGGACUUCUGUGAAGUGUUUCAGAUCUCCAUUUCUGCAUGGCCAAUUUGCUGAUCAUCGACCGCUAGGGAUUUCCCCUUCUGCCAGUUUACUGGCUAACUUUGUCCUUGAUAAAAAAAAAACUGCGCCUUGCAGCUAAAUUCAAAUCUCUAGUGGUAUUUCUUCAACUAGUUCCGUGAUUUGCGUCCAAUUGUCUUUGGAACACCUUGGUCAAGUCUUGGGGACUACAGUGUAGUGUAUUUGCCUAUUAGUGGCAUGUUAGCACUGUAUCGUUGAGCUGUACUGAAGAUGAAAUGUUUAUACAGGCAUAUAAUGCUAAAGAAAUCUGUAAAUAUCCAAUGUUUGGUAACUCCAUGGCCUGACAUAGUGUAUAUACUACAUCUAUAUAAAAAAAGAAAAAGUAACAAAAAAAAAUAUAUAAACAAUCAAAGUGAGAAGAAAAAAACAUAAAAAAAUAAAAAAUAUAUACAAAAAAAUAGCUUAGAUGCAGCGAGUUAUACAUUAACUUACAAACUGGUAUUGAUUAAAAUUGAAGAUGAAAAGUAAAAUUUUUAUUGACAUUACUUUGCUAAAAAAAACAUCGUGAGCAGACUUGAAUGAAUUGAUAAUUUUCUGUCCCUCUGAAUAUUUUUUUAGUAAUGUUACAUAAGUGUGCUACCUAGUUUUCUACACAUGUUUAUUCUUGUGCAUGUUUUUCCCUAUGGUUGGCAGUUUUGAAACUGAUGGAAAGUCGUUGCUUUUGCAUACUUCAUUUUAGAUUUUAAAGCUUUUGUUGCUUUUUAUAUAAUAUUUUGAAGUAUUAGCUCUUAAAUGGCUGACAAGCAGUAUAUAUUAAGCCAAUGUUGUGCUAACAAGCCAGCAAAUUAUUUGUUUGACAUACGCACCAAAGAACAGGCCAGGCCAAUAUUUUAUUUUAAUCUCCAUCAUAACUAGCCAUCAUUUUAUGUUGAGUUUCUAACGGGCCAUUAUCGUUCAAAGGAAAACCAUAUCUUUCUUGUGUUAUUUCUAUAUUUACCAAAUGAAUAUGGUAAUUGAUGCAAAUUCCUUCCAAAGUCGCAAGUGCACAAAAGGGUUACUUGUAAACUUAGCUAUCCAUGUCUUGUACAUAGUAUGCAGCGUUGUAUUGAGAUGUAUGAUUUGAAAGUUUGGAUGGCCAAAACUUGGAAAAUAAUUGCAAUGCAUUAAGUAUCAAUGCAAUCUCUGAAUGAGGAGAACGGGAUUAUUAUCUCUUUAGAAUUUGUCGGUAGGGCUGAAAAUUAAUUUCAGAACCAAGCUUUCAUGGGCACUAUGUCGUAUAAAGCAUAUCAAGAGACCACUGUUUUUCAAAGAAUCCUUUCUCAUUUUUCUACCAUUUUAUUUAUAGACAAUCUUGGUCUUCCAAAGUCCAAUUUUUAUUGAAAACAAAAUCUGACUGUAAGAUGAACUUGCUUUUUUCUUUCGACAAGAUCUUUUUAGUUUAUUUUUUGUGCUAGAUUUGAGUCCAAAGCUGAAGAGGUUUGGAAUGAUCAUAAUUUCAGGGUUCUGUAGGCUGCGUUUUAAAAGUUAUAAUGUAUUUGUUCAACAGUUAUAAAUAUGCGGAGCAAUAAGUUAUAGAUCCUGGUUGGGUGAGGUGAGAAAGGAAUUCAUAGAAUUUUCUUGUUUCCAGUUAACUCCUGGGUUAAGCUGAAUAUUAAGAUGUUCUUUGAACUCUAUACACCUGCCCUCUCAACUUCAGGCUGAAUUUUUUCAUAUCCAUUAGGUGUUUUGUUCCAACAAUGGUUACAAAUUAUAUUUGUUGACUUUUUUCAAAAAACUAGAGAUGUAUAAUGCAUUCCAUUUUUGAAAAUGGCUUUCAUUAUCACACAUUCAUAUUCUCAGUUGUGUGGACUUUUGAUUUUUGUCACAAAACCGAACUGAUCAAAUAAAAUCCCGCCCUGCCAAGAAUUCAAACAUUCAACCCGAAGUAUUACAAAACUUAUAUGGAAGAACAUCUACUGGCCAAAGAAAAUGAUUUUGCUUCCUUUGCUCAUUGCCAAGUUGUCUAUAAACAAAAACCCUUUGAAAGUUUGAUACAGAAUAUUUUUUUCAUUUCAGAUUUGGGAAUUGGAAGGAAAUCGUGUUAUUUGCAUUUUAAUAAUGUUUUGAAUGGCAUACAAUUUACAAGUAUUUACCCCAUGUUCAUUAGAAAUAAAAAUGUUUUCUAAAGUUAAGUUCCAAAUCUGAAAAAAGGAAGAAUAUAUUGCAGACUAAUUGUUUGUAACCUGCUGUGUGAGAUAUAUACCUAGUAUACACAGUCGAGUCACCAUAAAACAGUCAACGCUGUAAUUGUGAGCGAAUGUUCUUAUACGGAGGGUAUCGGUUGAAGGAAUUUUGCACACAUAGUGUGAUGUUGAGUGGUUGCAUGAGGUAGCACCCACAUAUAAUCUUUGAUUUCUGAAUUCCUGCUUCACGGUAUGACCGUCACUCUGAAGGUUUGCAAAAUCUUCAUGUGAAUUUACCAACAUUUCUUGAUGGUCAUUUUAUCCUCGACUCCGUAACAAAUCUCCUGAAUCAUUAAAAAAAAAGAUGAUAUCAAUAUUUAUGUUAUGGUCAGUGGUCUGCUAUACAGGGUCAUAAAUGAUAUUAUAUUGUAUGUAGUGAUGUAACUUAUUGAACGAGUUAACUUACAUUGUGUACAUUUGUAUAUUUCCAUUUAUAUAAAUGUAGAGAUGACACAGUUGUAAAGAAAUUGGUUCUUUUUUUCUCCCCUUUCUAUCAUCGAGUAGGAUACUGAGUAGUGUAUAUAUUAUGUCUUGUAGUUAAUCAUAGAUUCUCUCUUUUGUUAUUUUUUUCCUAUUCAUGCUACAAGUAAUUGAAUAAAAUUUUAUCUUUUUGUCUUGGA